UGACAGCUGACGACCUGUUUUUUUUUUUAUCUUUAAUUAUAGCUGAAUAUAAUCCGGGACAUUUUAUAAGAACUAAGAAUUAAAUUAUAAUACAAAAAUCAUAUGUAAGAAAUGGGUAUCAAAGAAGCUGUUAUUUACUUGGACAACCAAUGGAAUACUUAUUAUGCUGGUCAAACAGUUAAUGGAAGAAUAGAAUACGUUUUUGAUAGUCCAAAAAAAGUUAGAGGUAUACAUGUUAAAAUUAAGGGCGAAGCUCACACUGAGUGGAGUGAAAGUAAGGAAGAACAAGAUGCAGAAGGUAAAACACAAUCUACAGAUACUCUUCACACCGGAAAUGAAGAGUACUUCCAAAUAUCAUACUAUUUACUUGGGAGUAAUACAGGUAACGAAAUAGAAAUACCAGCUGGCAAGCAAGUAUACAAUUUCACUUGUACUUUACCACCCGUACUGCCAUCGUCCUUUGAAGGCCAACAUGGUUUUGUCAGAUACACAAUAAAAGUUACUUUAGAUAGACCAUGGAAGUUUGAUCAAGAAACAAAAAUGGCAUUUACAGUUAUUAAUGCAUUGGAUUUGAAUCUCAAUCCUUCUUACCGGGAACCUAUACACUUCCAAAUGGAGAAGACCUUCUGUUGUUUCUGUUGUGCGUCCCCACCUUUAUGUGUUGAUGUGAGAGCUCCUGUUUCAGGGUAUUGCCCUGGUCAAGUUAUACCUUUGACUAUAGAUAUUGAAAACAAGAGUAAUGUGCAACUACAUUUGGUGAAAAUAUUCUUGAGAAAGGUGGUGAAUUAUAGGGCAACCUCGCCAAGUACUUCGACACGAAAAACUAAAGAUGUCAUUCUAACAGUUCAAGAGGGUCCUGCUCCAGCAGGAACAACAAAGAAUUGGAAUUUGACAAUGGAAAUACCUCCGAUACCACCCUCCAACUUAGUAAACUGUAACAUCAUAGAUUUAGAUUAUGAUUUAAAGGUGGAAUGUGUGGUAUCUGGAAUGCAUUUUAAUAUGAAAGAUCGCAAAUAUGUCACCAUUGGAACAGUGCCAUUGGUUAACGCUGGUCAACCCGUGCCAUCUCCAUCUGCGCCAAUGCAACCAAGCAAUGAUUCCAGCCAGCCGGCUGUUCUGCCGGUAGGGCCAGGCGAACCAGCCGUGCCUUCUAAUGUGCCAAGCGGUGACGUCGCUCCAGGAGGCUGGGUGGUUCCAGGUGAACCAGCUCAACCACCAUACCAAUCUUUGUAUCCUUCGCUUUCACAACCGGUGUAUAAAGAAUCUCAGUAUGCUGCUCGGACGAUCCAAGAUAGAGGUGAAAGCAAAAACAUGGCUAUAACCGGAGCUGCCAAUUUCGCGCCAUAUUAUCCGACGUACGCUUGGCAACCGCCGCCAUUACCGCAGUGAACAGAUUAUAAAAUAGAAAUGACUCACGAAUGACUUAAAUCCAGUAGAUGCUAUGUGCAAACAUGAAUCCUUUUGCUUUCAAAUUUGAUGAAAAAUUGAAAUGUUUUUUUCUAUUUACUUCAGAUAUGUUUGCAUUAUUGAUUGUUAAAAACAACUAUUGAAGAAUCUUAGAAGAUAAAAAGAUUUUUUUAUUAAUUAGCAUUUAUCGGAAGCCUACACCAUUCUCUGUUAUACUUAUUUUUGUGUAAGAAUUUUGUUACCUAACCACAAUAUUGAAGACUAGAAAUUGUGUCAAUUUAUUUAAGUAUAACAAAUUUGAAGCAUUUAUCGCGUGAAACCUUUGUGGUAUUAAGUAGUUAAAUAGUGCCAGCUAAAAAUGUGUGUCAAAUGAUAUUAAUAAUUAUAAUCUGUUAAAAGUAUUAAAUUCGGCCCUACAAUUGAAUCUCGAUGCUUCUAUAAUGGCUUUAAAUGUUGAAAAUAUAUCGGAAUGUAUUGUGCUUAUGGUGUAGAGAAUCUCCAGGACUUGUCGAUUUCCUUUAGCUUUAAGAUGUUACUAACAAAGACGAGCUUUUCCAAAAUUUUUAAUGAUCUUAUUAUUGUAUUAAAUUUUAUAUUUGUACUUGUUUAGAAAGUAAUGACGCACAUUUAUAAGUUUAUAGAUAUUCAACAAGACUUUUUUAUAUUGUUUUUAACUUUACAUAUAUAAGUCAUACUGUUUUAUUUAAAUUAGCUGAUCCAGUUGUGUUUACCAUUACUUUAUAAUUAUGAAAACUUCAAACAAGAAAUGUUUAACGCAUUUUAACCCGCUAUGCCGUGGCAGCUCAGCAUAUAAUGUAAGAUUUAUUGUUAUAUAUUCACUACGAUUAUGUAAGGGCAUAAAACUAUAGUUAUUUUUUAUUGUUUAUCUUAUUUAUCGAUUAACACAAAAUGUAUUAAUCAUAAUUACCUUUUUAUUUUGUCCAUUAAUAAACAGUUACGUUAUA